CUAAUUACAGUCCAUCCUUCAAAGUCUCGUCAUAUUCAGUCUUUAUUUCCAUUUUUAAUGACAAGAACAAAACCACCAUGGUCUUAUAUCAAAAAAAGAAAUUUUAGUGAUAAUGCAAUUAAAAAUAUAUAUAUUACUACACCUAUAUUUUAUGUUAAUGCUGGACCACAUAUUGGACAUCUUUAUACAGCAGUUUUGGCAGAUACUAUAGCUAGAUUCAAUACUAUGUUAGGGCAUUCUGUGUUUUUAAGCACUGGUACAGAUGAACAUGGAACAAAAGUUCAGAAAGCUGCAAACAAUGCAACUUUAUCUACUUCUGAAUAUUGCGCUCAAAUUUCACACCAAUUUCAAGAAAUGUGUGAUAUAUUUCAAGUUAAAUAUUCAAAGUUUAUUAGAACAACUGAAGAACAACAUCAAAAUGCAGUUCUUCACUUUUGGAACUGUUUAGAAAAGAAUGGGCACAUUUAUCGAGGAAAAUAUUCAGGCUGGUAUAAUAUAUCAGAGGAAGCAUUUAUCUCGGAUAAAGAAAUAAUACAAAAAAAUCUUACAAAUAUGAAUGAAGGAUGUACUGAAUCAGGAGAUGUAGUAGAGUGGAUGGAGGAAGAUAGUUAUAAAUUUCGUCUUACUUCUUUUAAAGAUCAAUUAAAAUAUUGGUUGAAAAAUGAAAAUGUAAUAGAACCGGCGAUAUAUCGCAAAACGUUGAUUCCAUGGUUAGAAGAAUUACAAGAUUUAAGUAUUUCUAGACCUAUCAAUAGAGUACCUUGGGCAAUUCCUACUCCUUCUGAUGAAUCUCAUACAAUAUAUGUAUGGCUGGAUGCAUUAGUAAAUUAUUUAACUUCAGUAGGAUAUCCAAAUAAUUCAUUUAAAGAAUUUUGGCCACCAACUGUACAAAUUAUAGGAAAAGAUAUUCUAAAAUUUCAUGGUAUAUAUUGGCCAGCAUUUUUAAUGGCUGCUGGUUUGGAACCACCAAAAAAACUUAUAUGUCAUGGUCAUUGGGCAGUUAAAGAUAAAAAGAUGUCAAAAUCUAAAGGAAAUGUAAUUUCACCUUUUAUCGCGAUGCAUGAUUUUACACAAGACGGCCUGAGAUAUUUUCUUUUACGACAAGCAGUACUGGACACAGAUGCAAAUUAUAAUAAGUUAAAAGUUCAAAAAAUAUUAAAUUCUGAACUUGCCGAUACACUAGGUAAUUUAGUUAAUCGUUGUUUUGGUAAAAGUAUUAAUCCAGAUGGAAUAAUAUACAAUUCAACCGAAUACAAAAGUAUUUUAAAGUCUGAAAUAGCUCUUAAAAAUAUAAAAGCUUUGGAAAAUUUAAAUGAAAAGGCUAGAAAAUGUUACGAGAAAAAUGAUUUAUAUCAUGCAGUGGAUAGUGUGAUGGAUAUGUUACGCACUGCUAAUCAAGUAUUUGAAUAUCAUCAACCAUGGAAUUUAAGCAAAUCUAAAGAUCUUGACUCUGUAAAGCAACUCGAAGCUUUGAUAUCAUUAGUUUUGGAAAAUUUACGAGUGGCAGCUUUAGUAUUGUAUCCCAUUAUACCAAAGUUAUCUUCUAAUCUUCUCGAUUUUCUUCAAGUUUCGUUAAAAAAUCGUAAUUGGGAAGAUACAAAACCGUUUCAUUUAACAAAUGACUCGAAUGAAACAAGACAUGUUUUGUGUCAGAAUAUAUUAUUUUUUAAGAAAAUAAAAAAUUAAGAAAACAUUGA